AUGGGUGCUGGGCCAAGUUGGCAGGGAAAUGAUUGUGUGGAUCCAUGCUGCCGUCGCAAACCGGGAGAAGAUGACGAGACUGGAUCGCCUGUGGUGGAGGGAUUCCCUGCUCACAAUCACGACAAGGAGCAACCGCAGCAAAAGAGAAAUGAGGGCUCGGAUGCCAUAGCGCUGCCUAUGUCGCUGCAGGUGUCUAAUAUUGAUGGAAAGCAUGGCAUCCAAACUCUUGCUGUUCCCGUCGCUGUAGCGUAUUCUGGAGCGUCUCCUACGAGCAGCCGCAGUUCAGCAGCUUCUGUUGCAAGAUUGACUCCGAGCCAAAGGCAUACAAAGCGAAGAUACUCUGAGGUCGACAUGGCAAUGGUCCGAGGCAUUUCGCUCCGCAAAUCCCUCGGGCGUCUCGGCCGUGUUUGGCGCUACAACCCUUCUACCUGGCUGCCGGAAGAUCGGCUGGCAUUGUGCAAUCUGUCGGCCCCAGCAAGAUCCUUCAAUGUCUUUUUGUCCCACACCUGGUGGACGCCAGGCAGAUGGAAGUUCCUCUCGCUGUCCUUUCAGUGUGGCUGGUGCUAUGUCCUUGCUUUAUGGAUCCUGACGGUGGCGCUCACUGCUUCGUUGUGCUUAGAGGAUGUUCUACCCAUGCCCAUGAAGUACGAAGCCCGAAUCAUGGGCUUCACUGACGUCUGCCCCAUGGGCAUCUGCGUUUUGUGCAGCAGUCUCCUGGCGACUGUGCUGGGGCUUCUGUCGACGCCCUAUUGGCCAAGGUGCUUUUCUUUCGCAGACACGGGCUUCAUUGAUGUGACGUGCAUCAACCAAGUGGACAAGCGGCUCAUGGAGCGGGGCGUUUUCAGCAUCGCCGGCUUCCUCGGCCUGGCAGAGGAGCUGCGAAUCCUCUGGAGCGCACCAUACCUCUCACGGCUCUGGUGCGUCUUUGAGCUGGCAGCAUACAAGAAAGUGAACCCAUCGGGAAAAGUUGCCUUCCGGCCCCUCUUUCUUGAGAGGGUCGUGGCUCUGACCAUGGUGGCGCAGUACGGUGUCUGCCUGCUUCUGCUGGUGGCACGGGAUGUUUUCGGCCCUGGCGUCGUAACAUUUGUGGCAUCCUUCGCGAUUUGGAUCCUGCCAAAUUCCAUGUGCGUGUAUGGACUGAGGAUGAGCUUUCGCGAAAAAUAUCAGCUCCUGCUGCAGCUGGAAAGCUUUGACUUAGAUCAGGUCGGCUGCAGCCAGAAGUUUGAUCGAGAUUUCAUCCAUGCGGCCAUCACGAAGUGGUACGGACAUAAGGACAUUUUCACAAGCUAUGUGCGCCGCGAUUUGAAGCAGGAGUUUGCCAAGACUCUGUCAGCCACCAGGCUUCCAAAUCGCUACUUGCUGCUGAUGCUGACUCCUAUCCUUAGCAUGAGCUUCGAGUUUUUCCUGGCGAACUGGAAGGGCGGUGCACCAGUGGAAGUUCUGAUUUCUUACUUCGUCGGCAUGUUCCUGGCAUUCGAUGUUUUCUGUACCGUUUCUGCAAUAUUAUUGAUGAUAUACCUUUGUGACCUUCUAGCUCCGAAGCGCUUCGGCCCCUUCGAUCACAUGCAGACCCUGGCUAUCAUCAUCGUCGUCACAGGUCUACAAAGCCUGGCGCACGAGGUUGCUGCAAUGUCGUACCAGAGCAGUCUUGAAGGGGCAUUCGGCAUCCUCGCGCUUGCUGUGAUCCUUGCAGCGUUUAUGUGGUGGUUGGAGGGCACUUCCAUCGCUAAUUUGGUCGGGAAGCUGCGGCGCCAACCAGACAACAAGAGUGAUGUGACCGAUGCUGAGGCAGCCGAGGAGUUGGUGGUCGAGUUGCGAGAGCAGGUGCGUGUGCUGCAGGCGCGGCUGGAGGAAGUCGCCAGCCCUUUGGGUUUCGACAUAGUGCAGUACUGGCUUGUCGUGCGAGAUUUCAGGGGCGAGGUGUUUUCGCCGAUCAAAGUGUGCCGCAACUUCAGUGAGUGUGCUGCCUGCUGCAAGAGGGGAUCAGAUCUCGGCGAUUCGAUCUUCGUCGGUCUGCCCGCCCGCCAGGAGGAAGUCGGAGGUGUGGACGGUGAAGCCCUGGCUGCCAGGGAUUGUGCCUGUGUGGGUGAGGGGUUCCUUGACCCUCUUGCCCCUCUUUGUGUGCUUGCCUGUGGCGAAGACGACGAAGGUUUUCCAGUUACGGUGCACUGCGUGGUUGUGGGGGACGUGCAAAACAAGCUUUUAAUAUGCCUUCCGGCGGCCGCGUGGCAUCGCAAAGUGGCCAAAAGGACAGUGCCUCGUGGGUUCCUCAGCAAAGUCAUAGCGGCAGAAGUUGCAACAGCGUCGGUGGCCGAUCGUGCGAUCGAGCUUCCUGGGCAAACGGUGCGUGUGUGGCUUGGCUUCUGCGAAGGAGAUGCCGAGCAGUCCAUACAGGUUUCGGAUGCCCCUCCUUCGGUCAACUUCGGAGCUCUUCCCAACGGCGAUCUGCUUGUGCCUUUUGCCGAGGCUUUGGCCCUUUUGUGGCAGCAUCAGGUGACUGGAAGUGCUACCACCCCGGUGCAUACAGCAAACGAGGGCACAGAGGUGCAGGGAAAUUUGCCGGAGCGCCUGGCUUCUAUCGAGCGUACUUUAGCCUCUCUCGUGCCUUCCUUGGGUCCGGGCGCCGAUGUGCCAGCGGCCCCGCAGCAGGUUUCUCGUGCAAAAGCAGGCCCUUCGGCCCCUCAGCGCGGCGUUUCGGCUGCGGCCCGCCCUCAGGAGUUAGGAGUGCCGGUGGCGUACCCCGGCUUGGACCAGAGUGUUGUUGCAGCUGCUCUGGCUUCAGGCGUCGAACCACACGUGCUAGGCGAGAUGAGUCGCUUGGUGGAGGCUCGCCCGCUGCACCGUCUGAGGGCGGAACCCGAGCGAGGAGCUGCCAUUCAGCGGCCUACCCCUUUGGACGAGUCAGAAGAGGAGGCCGAAGCAAUCGAGCCCGUGGGUGCAUCGGCCGUGGCCCUUGCCAGCACGCAACCGGCGAAGAAUCUGGAGCCGGCCGAAGCGUUUGCACAGGCGAUGGUUCGAUGCCUCGACUCUUUAAAGUCUGGGUCAGGCAAGCAGACAGCUCUCGACAGAGCUCUCGAUGCCAGCGGCGGUGGCUCCCUGGACGGUUCCCUCAACUCAGGUCGCCGGAAUGCAGCUGCUCGCAAAGCACUUCGAGACUCCCUCACUUCUGCUCCUCAGGAAAUCAGCAAGAUGAUCGAAUCCUUGAUGGCAGAGGACCUCAAUGCGAGCACGCCCGGCGCUGGAUCUCCCGUGCUUACUUCAACAAGGGCGUGGUUAGAGCACAGGAGUCGGAUUCAGGCUUUUCCAAGUAUGGUCCACCUCACAUGGGCCAUAGCUGGAGCCUUGGAUUGCAUCAGGGCCCAGAAGCCAGAACAAGCAAGGGCGAGGCUGAACAUAGCCCUCCUUCAAGCAGAUCAGUGCUCAAUCGACCGUGGCAGCUGGCUUCUGGCACAAGAACUGAGUCUGGAAUUGGGGCCCCCAAUGAGCUCUUUCAGGUUGCGGGAGGAGGCCGAGUUCACGGAUCGUCGGCAGAAGUUGUCGCACCGGUCAACCACCACCAACAAGGAGCAGGACGAGCAGGCAGCAGAUGCGAGCGACUAUGGACGAAUUGGUCACAAGGUGGAGGGCCAAGCAAAAACUUUGUGUGCAUUGGGCCGUGCUGCCGCUUCUGUUUGCAGGGGCUUCUCAGCCGGGUACUUGCCGCGCUCUGUUUCUGUGGAGGGUGCUCCUUCUGUGUUGGGGCCGCCCCCGGCUCAGAUCGUUGGCACUCUUCCGGGAAAACCGGACAUUGCUGCUAUGCCUAUCGUGGCCGACCGCGUGAAGCUUCCAGCGUGCCCGACUUUUGUGGCCUCACCUUACAUGGACCGCACGACCGCGGACUUCUUUGAAAAUCCGCUGCACCACGCCAGGGUUCCCGACCCUGCUGCCGAACGGCCUCCUUUCGUAAAGAUACUGGCCGACUCCCGGCAGAAGCUUUUGUUGUUGCAAGCUCUGGCCCGUUCUGGGCGACUCGAGCCGUUGAGCUCUGUUCCUCUUGAGCGUGAGGAUUGGGGCGCAGGCCUCUUCGCAGUUGCCAAAGAUGGUGCCAGGGAUCGCUUGGUGCUAGACGCACGACCAGCUAACGAGCUCGAAAACUUUCCCGGCAGGUGGGUGCACACGCUUGCCAGUGCUGCUUGCCUCGGGUGUUUAAACCUGCGCCCGGACGAAGUGCUGAUUAUGUGUGGCACCGACCUGCAAGAUUGCUUCUACCAGUUCAAGGCGACACCAGAGAGACUCGUUAGAAACCACCUUGCGUGCAAGCUGUCCCUCAGUGAAGCUGCCUUUGUGUUUGGGCGACCCGCUGACUCCUUUCAGGCUCCUGGCGGCUUUGUUUUGUGUGGGCUCUCAUCCCUGGCUAUGGGCGACAGUUCAGCGUGCGAGUUCGCACAGUGCAGCCACCUAGGUGUUUUCGCUCAGGCCAGAGUUGUGCAUGCAGGUGAGCUUUUGGUGCAGGCAGCCGCGCCCCCGAGGGGCCUACUGUCCGUCGGCCUGGUUAUCGACGAUUUGAUAGUGUUGCAAAGGUGUCUCGCUUCCCAGCUCCCGUUCUUUGCAGAGAACCCAGGUAGCUCGGAGGCCUCCACACGUCUGCGAAGGGCACUGGCCGGGUACGACUCUGCAAGACUCAGGUACAGUGACAAAAAGACUUUUGAGGAUAAGACACAGGCUUCGUUUUGGGGGGUCGACUGCUGCGGGGUUUCCGGACUCAUUCGUGCCAACCCUGCUCGGUACUGGCCGCUGGUGCUGAUCACCGUGCGAGUUCUACAGUUGGGACUUACAACCAGGAGCCUGCUUGAAAGCCUGCUCGGCUCUUGGGUAUCAGUCUUCAUGUUGCGACGCCGCAUGCUCAGCUUGGUGGAGUUGUGCUUUUCUGCCGUGCGUGGUGGGACGGCCCAGUCGAUCCUCCGCUUGAGCCCUGAGUUGAAAGCUGAGCUUUCUUCCUUCGUGUGCUUGGGCCACCUAGCGGUGGUUGACCUGCGUGCCCAGCCGCUCACUACUGUCAUUGCCUCCGACGCUUCCAGCUCUUGGCAGGCAGCGGUUUCAGCUGAAGUUGCGCAGCCCGUGGUUGAGGAGUUCCAGCGCCACUCGCUUCAACGAGGCGCGUGGACAAAGCUGCUCGCGCCGCCCAGCGCCUGGCUCAAAGAGCACAACCUCCUUGAGCCUGAAGCAGAGCUCCCGGGUGACUUCGAGUUCGUUGCAAACCCUGUCGCCGAGUGCCUCGCGAGGGUUCCGCAGUACAAAACUCGGUGGCGGCGCCGGUACACACGUCGCAUGCAUAUCAACGUUGCCGAGCUAGGCGCCUACCUUCAUGAGGAGGCCAGGAAGAUCUGCCUCGUGGAUUUUGAACCGCAGGUGCGCGCCCCUUCGAUGCUGAAGCCUGCUUGGUGGACUUCGCUUGAAAAGGGCGAGGUUCAAGGUUCGGAGGCUUUUGAGCAGGACGACCUGCUUCUGCUUGGUGGUUCUAGGCACGCAACUAGGUCAGAGGUCUCCAGGCCGAGGUUCGUGCAGCAAGUGGUGUGCAACAGCGGUGCAGCGAGCGCCGACACUCCUUCGUGGCUGCCUGGUCUGCAGGCCUUUCCAAUCAGGCAGUUCCUUUGCGAUGCGAAAAGGCCGUUGGAUUUGUCUGUGCCUGGGGCUCUUGAGCUCUCGCCCGCGCGGCGCUCGAUUUCCCGCGCAUUGCUUCGGUAUGGGGCCCCCUGGGUGCUGACUUUCGACUCGCAGCGGUCUGCUGCAGAAGACUUGAGCUCCGUGGACUUGCGUGCUCGGCUGGAGGCCUUGCUGUUGUCCGGUGCUUUUUCGGCUGUCGGUGGCUUGCCUUCGGCCUCUUCUUUCUCCCGGGCCAUUCGCCCCCCAGCGCGUUCCAGAAGCCAUCCUUUGGGCCUUUGGAACCUUUCUCCGUUCCUUCGUGCAAAAGUCCUUGCAGACAACUUUCUUGCCGAGUGGUUCUUGCAUAACCGAAAUCUGUGUGACAAGCUGCAGGUGGUGUACUGGGUUGGACAGCCGGACACUUCGCUGUGGUGGCUCCUACCUGGCUGGGAGGAAGAGGCUUGGGCACACUCGGCUUCUACCUUUCGGGCGGAUUUGUGCCAGUUUGGGUGCCGGUGGAGGAAGCGCACGCGUGUCGCGACCAACUGCUCCCUCGGCGGUGCGCGGUUGCUUUGCAAAGCUUCUGUCAGGCAUCUUCGCCUGGUUGGGCACUCCUCCGCGGCUCGGCUUCCUUGGACUUCUCUUGCCGACACGAUACCUGCAGGUUUCGCCGAUGCCCUGGCUGUUGGGCUGUGUGCAGCUGCUCAGUGGACUUCUGUUCGUCCUCUCGACCCUGCCGCGUGUGCCAAGCUCGGGUGCCUUUGCCGGGUUGGUGAAGCAAAGAAUCCUGGGCCUCGUCGCCGCGCUACCAAGCGCACCGGGGACCUCGAAUCACGUCCUCUUCAGUCCGAUACUUCGCUGUUCCUCGGCUCCUCUGCCUGGUCGGCCUUUCUGCGUUGGGUCUCCCCUUCUCUGUCUGUCGACCCGGUCAGUCUCUUCGUCGUGUGUCCUCUUUUAGCUGCCAUGGCCCUGCGAGCUUAUGGAAAUGAGCUCUUUCAAGCUGGUGGCUCGAAGCACACUUUCAGGUACACUCUGGUUGGUGCUCAAAGAGCGAUCAUUUCGCUGAAGGGCUCCCUGGGACCUGCCUGGGAACUUCUGUCGAGGUGGGAAGCCGUUGAACCAGUGAUACACAGGACGCCGGUUCCUGAGCCGCUGCUCUUGGCGAUGGUGACUCUUGCUUGGCUGAGAGGCUAUAAGCGCUGGUGUGGCUGUGCGUUGCUGGCCUUCUACGGAAUGGCCAGAGUUGGUGAAGUCCUAGCCUGCCAACGACGACACCUUCUGCUCCCCGAGGACCUCUUUCUGUUUUGCCCUGCGGUUUUUCUGCGCCUCGACUCUUCGAAGACGUCGUUGCGCGGAAGACCGAAGGUGCAGCACAUACGCGUUGAUGACGACCGAGCGAUGGCUUUGAUACAGACCGCUUUCGCUGACCUCGAGCCUACCGAACGGUUGUACCCUUUCAGCCCGAGUGCUUUUCGCACCAGGUGGGACCGCUCGUUACAGACGCUGGGGUUACAAGGCUUGGUGGCUGUGACGCCAGGCGGGCUCAGAGGUGGAGGGGCGGUCGCGGCCUACCACCGUGGAUGUCCGAUUUCGGACAUUCAAUGGAAGCUUCGCUUAAAGCAUAUGGCCACGCUUGAGCACUACCUUCAGGAGGUGGCCGCCUUAAGUGCCCUGGAAGGAGUGGAUGAGCAACUGUGGCUACGAAAAGCUCCACCUUUUGGGCUGCAGCUUGUGCUAAAGCACACCUUUCAGUGGCGGCUUUGCCUAGCUGACGAGGCAGCUCUAAACGAGCUGCAGAAGGUCACUGACCUUAGACUCGCCGUCACACAUCCGGGUAGCGAGGCCUCCAACCCCGCGCUGGCACAGUACUCGCUGAAGGAGUCCCCGCAUGUUGUGGAGGCUUCUGUCGCGGUCGUGGCUCAAGAAGGUCAGGACGCAGCCGCUGCAGCCAUGCCGCGGGAGAAGGUUUCCGUCGUUUGGUUCAAAGCCACAGACCUUCGGACUCACGACCACGAGCCUCUGAGCCUCGCUCAUGCAGCAGGCCUCCCUGUGCUGCACCUCUACGUGCUCGAUCCCAGGUGGUUCAAGAGCACGCCGCUGGCCGGCUUUCCGCGCACCGGACCACGGCGUGCUCUCUUCCAGUUGGAGGCGCUGGCAGACUUGAGCAAGCGACUUGAGGCAGCAGGGCAUAAGCUGUGCGUCCGUCGUGGAGUCUCGACAGCACGUGCCUUCGAAGAACUUUGUGAUGACUUCGAAGUUGCAGCAUGCUACGCCUGCAGGGAGGUCUGCCCAGAGGAGCUUAGACUGGAGCAGAAGGUGCAGGAGGUGCUGAAGGCAAAGCGUGCCGGCGCACUACAGCUUUGCUGGACCUACGAGCUGCACCACUACGAUGACCUGCCUGCAGAGGUGCGCAGGAAGGGGGCUUCCGGCUUCUCCGGCUACCGGCGUUGCUUCUCCGAGCGUGUCCACGUGCGGAAUCCUCUGCCGCGUGUGGACUUGACCAAGUCAAGUCCCGUUCACUGGCCACGUGCCGAGGGGCUGCCCUCCAGCGUCACUGACCUGGGCCUUGCCGCGCCGGAGCCCGACGACCGAGUGGAAGUCAGUUGGGUAGGGGGCGAAACCGCAGCCUUGGCAAGGCUAGAGGAGUAUUUCUUCGAGAGCAACGACAUCGCUUUGCAGUUUGUCGGUGCGACCAACUUCCCUCACGACGGGCACAGCAGCACGGUCGCGAAGUCUCAAUCGAAGCUGUCUCCCUGGCUUGCACACGGCUGCUUGUCUGCCAGGUACCUUUAUGCAGAGCUAAAGCGUUACGAGAAGGAGCGCCGGCAGACCGACUGCACAGCUCGCAUGGUCCACGAGCUCUACUUCCGCGAUUUCGUGCGCUUCAGUGCCCUCCUGAAAGGCAGUAAGAUCUUCAAGCUCGAGGGCAUCUAUGGCCGCCACCCGCCAGGUGGCUGGCUUCAAGAGGACGAGUUGCUGGCCCCUUGGUGCCAGGGGCAAACUGGGUUUCCCUUUCUGGAUGCUUCCAUGCGCGAGCUGGAGGCCACAGGUUCUUGUUGCCACGCAGGGCGUGAGGUUGCAGCAUGGUUCUUGGUGUGUGACCUGGGCAUCGACUGGCGGCUGGGUGCGGAGUGGUUCGAGUCCACUUUGAUCGACUACGAGCCAGCUUCCAACUGGUUUAACUGGGCAUUCACGUGUGUGCCGCGUGCCACUGGCGGCAACAGUAUCCAAGAGGAGGCCAAACCACUGCGGCCUCCACGGACGCGGCUGCAGACCUUGGAAGCCAUCUACUGGGCAGCGCAACAAGACCCUGACGGGGAGUACAUCAAGCUCUGGGUGCCAGAGCUCCGAGGCCUCAGAGGGGACUUGGCGCGGGAGCCUUGGAAGGCCACCUCCCAGGAGCCCGAAGAGGCCCCACGAGUGGGAUCGGCUCCGGAGGAGUGGCCUCCCGCGCUCGCAAAGGAGCGCGAGCGCAUCGGCUGGGCGCGGAGGACCUUCCCCGCCGGGGGCUCCCAGGUGGCCGUCUGGUGGGGCUGUGUGCGCGAGGGCGCUGCAUCUGCUGCUCCUUCAGGAACCACAGAACGGAGGCUCGACCCUGAUGAUGGCAGGGAGUAUACCUUGGAGGGCCUGAAGGAGAAGUACAGGGGCCAGUACAAACUGGAGGAGGUCCGCCUGUACUGGAAGAACACGUGUCAACCCCUCGAGGCCAAGAGAGACCCAGCAGAUGGCAAAGCCUAUACGUUGGCUGAGCUGCAUGUCAGGUAUCGACAGCAAUACACUCGGCAGGAGAUUGCCGAGUACUUCAAGUCCUCCUGUGGACCCGUGAAGGAGUGGAAGGGUGGCGCGGCUUCUGUUCCUCGGAAGACCCCUGCAACAGGCUGGCCAGAAGGGUAUCCGUUGCCGUUAUUGCCACCCGCGUCUUUCUUCGGUAUCGAUGAGAUUGCGGAGCAUUCCCGGCGUAGCCAGGCACGGAAAGCUGCGAAAGCUGCCCGGCUCGAGAGAGAGAUGGGCGGUGGCAGUAGGGUCGCAGGCUACGCAGUUUCCAGCUCAGAGCCUCGCAAAGAGAAAGAUCCGAAGCCCAAGCAGGGUCCUCGACGCUGGGCCAAAGCUGCACCGCGGGACUCCUGA